ACUAAGUCUCAGCUACACACGGAGACCAACAUCAGAUUUGGUGCCACCACCACAUACAGGAUGUCUUCAGAAACUGAGGAGCAACCAACUGAAGAGUAUGAAAAAGGAAACUCUGACCCUGACAAACUUGUGCAAUGUCCUUUUGACAAAAACCACAAAAUCCGUGUCUGCCGCUUUCCUUAUCACCUGAUGAAGUGCAGGAAGAAUCAUCCAAAACUGGCCAGUGAGCUGAAAACCUGUCCCUUCAAUGCUCGCCAUCUGGUUCACAAGCAUGAGCUGGCUCACCACACUCAGACCUGCGAGGACAGAAUUUCUGUGGAUGCUGAAGAUGCUGAAAGAAAAAAUGGACAUUGUAAUUGGCACGUUCCAGUCAGUACAUGGGUCAAUUCAAGCGCCACUGAGGAUUGGGACAAAGAGGCCGAUGAAUUUCCAACACCAUUUGUGUGGGGUGUUAAUACAGUAGUGACUCAAACAACUGUGGUGAGGCCAACCAAUAGUCUGGGACUGAAUUCCAGACCACCCACUACCUUUCCAUGGCCAGGUUAUGAGGCCUAAUAGGUCAUAUACAAUCUUCAUAUUCCUUUUACGUGUGA